UCAUCACAUGAACUUUUCAUGAACACAUUCUGGUUAGUGACCACCAGUGAGAUUAAAAAAAAAAAGUUUCAAGAGAAUCCAAAUCAUGGAGAUGAAAACGGCGGUUUCCAUACUCGAGUGGGUUUACGCUCACCUGAGGUUUUCAGACGUCGUUCUCGCCCUGUCCGUGUUGUUUCUUCUCAGUUGCUUGCGCGAGAAGUUAUCGAACAAGGCCGGGCCAAUGUCGUGGCCCGUGCUGGGGAUCCUGCCGUCUCUCAUCGUCCACAGGAACGAUCUGUUCGACUGGUGCACUGGAGCUCUGGCCAAAGCCGGCGGGACUUUCCAUUACAGAGGGGUCUGGUUUGGUGGGUCGUACGGGAUCAUGACCGUGGAUCCUGUGAACAUAGAGUACAUCCUCAAGACCAAUUUCAAGAAUUACCCAAAGGGCGAGUUCUACAGAGAGAGGUUCAGAGAUCUUCUCGAAGACGGGAUCUUCAACGCCGACGAUGAGCUCUGGAAGGAGGAGAGACGUGUGGCGAAGAUGGAGAUGCAUUCCGCCCGUUUCUCGGAUCAUUCUUACGCGACGAUGCGUGAUCUGGUGAAGGAAGAGCUCCUGACUUUGAUGGAGAAGAUGGCUAGUUCCGGGAAAAGCUUCGAUCUUCAAGACGUCCUCCUCCGUUUCACGUUCGAUAACAUCUGUGGCGCAGCUUUCGGGGUUGACCCGGGAUCCCUGGCUAUCGAUUUACCCGAAAUCCCCUUUGCCAAGGCCUUUGAGGAGGCUACAGAGUACACUCUCAUAAGGUUUCUGUUACCGCCUUUCGUCUGGAAGCCUAUGCGGUUUCUGGGUAUCGGACACGAGAAGAAGCUCAGGAAAGCUGUCAGAAUCGUCCACGUGUUUGCAGACAAGACGCUUGAACGAUUCUUCCGAUCUCAGUACUUUUCAGACAAGUACUUCAGAGAAUUCUGCACUAGCUUCAUCAUAGCCGGCCGGGACACCACUUCAGUGGCACUCGUCUGGUUCUUCUGGUUGAUUCAGACACACCCAGAAGUGGAAAAGAAGAUUCUGACUGAAAUCAGACAAGUUCGGAACAAAACCCGGGAUUUCUUCGACCCUCAAGAGCUUAAAGAAAUGGUGUACCUGCAAGCUGCACUGACGGAAUCUCUCAGGCUGUACCCUUCGGUGCCAAUGGAGAUGAAACAAGCGCAGGAAGACGAUGUUCUUCCGGACGGGACGAAGCUGAAGAAAGGAGCGAGGAUUCACUACUCGAUCUACUCGAUGGGGAGGAUGGAAUCGAUAUGGGGAAAAGACUGCGGAGAGUUCAAACCCGAGAGAUGGAUCGAAGACGGCAACAAGCUGAGAAUGCAGAACCAGUUCAAGUACGCCGUGUUCAAUGCCGGGCCGAGGCUUUGCGUGGGGAAGAAGUUUGCGUAUAUGCAGAUGAAAAUGGUGGCUGCUUCAAUCCUGAUGAACUAUUCCAUUAAACUCGUCCACGGACAGGACAUCGUCCCGAAACUGACGACAACGUUGUACAUGAAGAAUGGUCUCAUGGUUAAGCUUGAACCUCGUGUCUGAGUUUAUCAUAUAUGCAUGAGAAUGGCAUGGAUGUAAUGUCCUGCAAUCAAGAUUUGUGUGAUUUAUGAAUCAUCAUCAUCAUCAUCAUCAUCAUCAUCAUCAUGUCUAAGUUAAUAUAUGCAUUGAAAAUGACAUGAAUGUAAUAUCCUGUAAUCAAGAAUGUGUGAUUUAUGAUGAAUUUAGCUCA